AUCGAGUAGAAGUUAUAGGAGGGAAUCAACUGAUGAGGAAACAAAACGACGAAACUACCGCAUUCUCUACCGCUAGUGUUUCGAAAGUCUACCAAUGGCAAAAUCAAAGACCUCCGAAGAGGUCUCCGUUCUGGCGGCAAUCCAAUCAUUUUCUGAUGCAAUUAAGGAAAAUUCAGCCGAAAGCCUACGAUCUCUCACACUAUCUUCUGGGAGCUGCACUCGGACUGGUAUCAAUCCGUCAAGUCAUGUGAACAUCUCUCAGGCAGAGCUGGUCGGAUAUAUCUCAGAUGCAGCAAAAUAUGGAGAUAUAGAGGGGAGGUUUGACCCAGAUGAAGCUCUUGUGAAGGUUGAUGGGGAUCUUGCAAUGGUAUGGACGGCUUGGACGAGUUUCAAAGCGGGGGAGAUGACACAUAAAGGAAGGAUUGUGUUUGUUUUGGCGAAGAGCAAAGAUGACGGAAAGUGGCUCAUUGUUUCGAUGCCGAUAACAUGGUCGCCCUUUGAAUAAAGAAGAUGAUGUAGGCAGAAGGAUAGAGGGACGAAAUCAUCGUUGGAAACUGUAAUCUGCCCAGGUGGGGAGCAUGUCCACGUGAUUGAGCACAAUUACUUAUUUAUGCCCAUGUCCACUUGGGUUCUCAGGGACUUUCAUCACCUUGUUGACAUACGAGGUUAU